UUCCCACCUUCCUUUCAUCACCCUACCGCUCGCGCCGUGAAUCCGUGAUCUCUCGCCCGUCCUUUUCGGUAUUCCGUUGGGUUCGUUCAGUACUUCAAUUUGGGAGGGUGGGUUGCGCUGAGAUGCCGGUGGGCUUGUGUGGAUGGUUUAGACAACAACGACCUGCGUUGAGGAGUGUCGAUCUCGAGGGCACUGUAUCGUAUGCCUCCGGGAUGCCAUGGGUACGGCAGGUUGCUUGGUUGGCGAACAACACCCAAUAAAGCUUGUUCCUGUGUUACAGAGUUUCGAUGUUUUUGGGCUGGGAUUAUUGCUAAUUUGCUAUGGAGAUUACAUCCCCUGUUGAGAGGGAUUGGUUCGGCUUUAGGUUCAGCGAGAUUUCCUGUUUCCUGUUCCAGAGCUGAAACCCGUUGUCAAAUUUGUUUCCGCAUCGCUUUGUCCUUAAUUUCAGUUUCAGUUCCAGGUUUGUUUGUUUUGGUAGGAUGGUGUUUUGUGUUAAGAGAUCCAUGACUGUCACUCUUAAAGUCCCAAUUUGAUUGAUUUCGAGGCAGUGUCUCUCAGGAUUGGGUCUACGGUUAUGUUGUGCUGUAUUUAGAUCUGGCAUGAACUUCAACUACAAUCAUCAAGAUUGUAGUUCUUCAGUAGUUCUAGCCUUCACUGCACCCAAAUUGCUUUGGGUGGUUUCCAGGUUAUGGAUUUUAAUAUGGCCGCAUGGGACCUUUAUGCUGAUUCUUCUACUGUCAGCUGCAUGUGCAUCACAAGUUGAUGCAAAGAAAAAGAUUAAAAGGGUAAUCGAUCACAUGAUUGGUUGAGAAGUUGUCAUUAUUCAGUAAGACAAAAUGGACUUCGGUGACUUGUUGUCAUCUUUUGCCUUAAGUGACUGCGACACAAAAAAUCAAGUUGUGGUUGCCAAAGUUUAUUUGUGGUUCUCCAUAAUUGGUUCUCCCUUCAAAAGGACUAGAUAAUAAGGCUGUGGCUGUGCCUUGUUUUGGUUGGUAAUGGUAUCUAAGUGCUCUAUUGCUAUAGAUAUAGAUGGUAUUUUAGGUUAUUCCCACGUGUAGUAGCGUGCGCAGAUGCGAUCAUCUCAAGAUGGAUUGUACUCAUAUAUUCGUGGAAUUAUUGGUAGCUUUUGUGUUGGGCGUUUCUCAUCUUAGAGUGCAGGUUCCUUGGCGUUGCCUUAUUAUGUCUGUUGCUUUGUCCCAUGUAAAGUGGUACUGAGUUUUACAGCUGACUUUACGCUAAACCGAAAACAUUAUAGCAUUUAAAAAUCAAGAUGGUUAACUUCGGGAAGAAAUUGAUGGCAGAUCAAAUUCCAGAAUGGAAAGGAUAUUAUAUCAAUUACAAGUUGAUGAAGAAGAAAGUUAAACAGUAUGGCCAGCAGCUCCAGCAGGGUGAGAAAGAUCGUCGUCGGGUUCUGAAGGAUUUCUCGAAGAUGCUUGAUGAUCAGAUAGAGAAGAUUGUCCUGUUUCUGUUGGAACAACAAGGAAUGUUGGCAAGCAGGAUUGAGAAGUUAGGAAAGCAAAGGGCAAUACUACAAGAGCAGCCAGAUAUAUCUGGCAUUGCUGAGUUACGAGAAGCUUAUAGGGAAGUUGGUAUCGACCUCAUCAAACUUCUCAAGUUUGUUGAUCUUAAUGCAACUGGCAUUCGGAAAAUUUUGAAGAAGUUUGAUAAGCGUUUCGGCUAUAGAUUUACUGAUUACUAUGUGACAAGUAGAUCAAAUCACCCGUACUCUCAGCUGCAACAGGUCUUUAAGCAUGUGGGUGUAGGAGCUGUUGUAGGAGCUUUGUCACGUAACCUUGCUGAACUCCAAGAACGUCAAGGAAGCUACUUAUCUAUUUAUGAUCAGCCAUCUUCUGCUCUUAAGGACCCCAUCAUUGAUAUGAUAAAUUCCUCAGUUGAUAAGUUGACAAGGUCAACUAAUUUUCUUCGCUUUUUGGGGCAACAUGCCAUGAUUGCGGAUGAGGAGUCUCCUAGCACUGCAGGAGAGGAAGAAAUAGAAGAUCAGAAAUACCAUUUCAUGUCUCUUAUGCUGAACCUGGUGAACACAUUCCUUUACAUGGUCAACACAUACAUCAUUGUGCCAACUGCAGAUGACUAUUCAGUGAGCCUUGGGGCAGCUUCUACUGUUUGUGGUGUGGUCAUUGGUUCAAUGGCUGUUGCGCAAAUUUUUUCUUCUGUUUACUUCAGUGCAUGGUCCAACAAGUCAUAUUUCAAACCACUUGUUUUCAGUAGCAUUGUUUUGUUCUUGGGGAAUGUAUGCUAUGCAAUGGCAUAUGAUAUGAAGUCCCUGACAGUCCUUAUUAUCGGCCGUUUACUCUGUGGGAUGGGUUCUGCAAGAGCUGUCAAUCGUCGAUACAUUAGUGAUUGUGUCCCUGCAAGAAUACGCAUGCAAGCUUCGGCAGGAUUUGUUAGCGCAAGUGCCCUUGGCAUGGCCUGUGGGCCAGCGCUAGCUGGUUUACUUCAGUGGAAAUUCAAGAUCUACAUGGUUACUUUCAAUCAAUCGACUCUACCUGGUUGGGUGAUGGCAGUUGCAUGGCUAUUGUAUUUGGUUUGGCUAUGGGUCUCAUUCAAAGAACCAAACCGUGCCACCGAGGUGGAUGAAGCCUCCCAGAAUCCUGCUUCUGGACAAACAGUUGAUAUUGGACGACUAGAGAAUGGACUUGCACAGCCUCUGCUCACGGAUUCUGUAGAUAAACAAAAUGAAGAUGAAGAUGAAGAAGUUGAUGAUAGUGAAGAAGCUGCAGAUGAUUCUCGCAAACCUGCAACAUCAAUUGGCUCAGCAUACCGAUUACUUACCCCGUCAGUAAAGGUCCAGUUGUUGAUAUACUUCAUGCUUAAAUAUGCAAUGGAGAUUUUGCUUUCAGAGUCAAGUGUUGUCACCAAUCACUAUUUCAGUUGGAAUACAAGCGCAGUGGCAAUUUUUCUAGCAAUCCUUGGGUUGACAGUCCUUCCUGUUAAUGCUCUUGUUGGAACAUACAUCAGCAAUAUGUUUGAGGACAGGCAACUCCUCAUGGUAUCUCAAAUUACGUUGCUAGUAGGCAUUAUUUUCAGCUUCAAAGUUACGAGUACAUACUCUGUUGUCCAGUAUGUUGUCUCAGCACUUGUCACAUUUGUUUCUGCCGAAGUUCUUGAAGGCGUGAACCUUUCCCUCCUAUCAAGCGUGAUGUCGUCCCGCCUCUCCCGUGGCACAUACAAUGGUGGUCUCCUCUCGACGGAGGCUGGGACCCUGGCGAGGGUGGUCGCCGACUGCACCAUCACUGCAGCGGGGUACCUAGGCGUGGGGAUGCUCCUCAAUGUCACCCUGCUACCAUCCCUGGUGAUAUGUGUUGCGUCCAUUGCCUGCACCUUCCUGACGUAUAACUCGCUUUUCUGAUGGAGCUUCAUGAUGUAUUUGUGUCAUCAUGAUUCGUUCCAUAUUGGCGCAAAUCAAGGCAGCUGGGACGCCAUUGCCAUUGCCCGAAGGGGCUGUUGUAUUAUUGUUAUUAUUAUAUGUGCGUCGAUUCGAUUGCUGUAAAGUGAUAAAUUGAUUGCAGCUAGCCAGCUACUGAACCGGGCCUUGCCCUGCAAAAUUUUGAUCGCUUUUAUCCUGCCGUUUAUCAUAAA